CCAGUAUACAUAACCCGAAUCGGAUCAUUUGAGUUAAGUCGGAUCCUAAAUUUUAGGUAGGAUAUUUCACCGGCCGAUUAGUUGGACGCGUCGACGUCGAUGGGCAUGUGGAGCGAACCCAGAAUAUCCGCCCACCUUAGGGAACCGUCAUUAUUCGUCUAAAAUUCUCAAAAUUUCUCCAUUUCUACGAAAAAUCUCCAACCUUUACUUUUCUUUCCUGUGAAUUCUCUGCUCUUCUGAUUACAAUAUGGCGGCGGCGACGAUGGCGAUUUCAGGCAUCUCUUCUCGUACGUUGGCGAUUUCAAAGCCUUUGAUUACACUUCGACGCUCUAGAGCCGCCGUUUCUUACAGUUCCUCUAACCGAUUGCUCUGUCAUCGUCCUCUCUCUUCUCGUCGCCUGCUCUUUAGGAACAAUCAUCGAGUUCAAGCAACGAUUUUGCAAGAAGAUGAGGAGAAAGUUGUGGUGGAGGAAUCAUUUAAAGCAGAGACUUUUGCUGGUAAAGAAAAAGAACCACUUGAGGAGGAGUCAAAUACUAGUGCGUUUGAGACAUGGAUCAUCAAGCUUGAGCAAGGAGUCAAUGUCUUCCUUACUGACUCGGUAAUUAAGAUACUUGACACACUGUACCGUGACCGAACCUAUGCAAGGUUCUUUGUUCUUGAGACGAUUGCUAGAGUGCCUUAUUUUGCCUUUAUGUCUGUGCUACACAUGUAUGAGACCUUUGGUUGGUGGAGGAGAGCAGAUUAUUUAAAAGUACACUUUGCUGAGAGCUGGAAUGAGAUGCAUCACUUGCUCAUAAUGGAAGAAUUGGGUGGAAACUCUUGGUGGUUUGAUCGUUUUCUGGCCCAGCACAUAGCAACGUUCUAUUACUUCAUGACUGUGUUCCUGUAUAUCAUAAGCCCUAGAAUGGCAUAUCACUUUUCGGAAUGUGUGGAGAGUCAUGCUUUUGAGACUUAUGAUAAAUUUCUCAAGGCCAGUGGAGAGGAGUUGAAGAAUAUGCCUGCACCCGAUAUCGCAGUAAAAUACUAUACCGGAAGUGACUUGUACUUAUUUGAUGAGUUCCAAACAUCCAGAGCUCCCAAUACUCGAAGACCAGUAAUAGAGAAUCUAUACGAUGUGUUUGUGAAUAUAAGAGACGAUGAAGCAGAACACUGCAAGACAAUGAAAGCAUGUCAGACACUGGGGAGCCUGCGUUCUCCACACUCCAUAUUAGAAGAUGAUGCUGAAGAAGAAUCAGGCUGUGUUGUUCCUGAGGCGGCUCAUUGCGAAGGUAUCGUAGACUGCAUCAAGAAAUCCAUUACGAGUUAAAUUACUAAAAUAGAAAGGAUUAAAAAAAAAGAUUGAUUGUAAUUGUAUCAGCUUAUUAUGAAGAAUUAGGUAUAAUUCCCAUAGACUUGGGAAUAAAGGAAAAAGUGUGAAAUUCCCAUCAUCGUUAUGUGUGGGAGAGAAUCAAAUACCCAUAUUAUGUAAAUUUGCUAUGAUGAGCUUAAUAUUAUUAUCCAAUUCAUUGGAGACAAGUUGUGGUUGCA